ACUCGCGGGCAGAACGCGAGCGCCGACUACUCCUUUUCGCGUCCCGACUUCCUUCUGAGAGCCCAAUAAACCCUGGGGAAGUUUAAUCAUUCCGCAGCGAGCCCGGGCUCUCUCACUGGGCAUGCUCAGUGGCCGGGCCCCGCUCGGCUGGCGAGUGGUUCGUCUGGGGCGCAGGGCUCGGGUCGGCGGCCGCCUCGGCUGGCUUCCAGGAGCGCGGGCUGGGCACUGCGGGCCCUGAGCCGGGAGCCAGAAGCACCCCGCGGUCCUCGCCGGAACGCAGGGCCCCGCCAGAGCCGCGGCGUUCCGGAGCCCGGGGGCCCCCAACUUCGCGCCAAGUUCGGAACCGCCUUCUGGGGGAGCCAUGCAAAUGAUGACCAGGGACAUUCUGCUAGAAAUGGAUCAGGAGGAGGAGGACGACGACGACGGGGAUAUCGGUGAUGUUCCUGCCUCCAGGAGGCCUUUUCUGACUCCUCAUACUCUCCACUCAUCCAGUCGGGUGUUGGAAAACCUUGAACAGACAGUUGUCUCCAGUUUUGGAACACUGGAAAGUCAGCCUGAUUUCCAAACCCCAGAAUUUGAAGAAUUUAAUGGAAAACCCGACUCCCUCUUUUUUAAUGACGGUCAGCGAAGAAUCGACUUUGUUCUAGUGUAUGAAGAUGAAAGUAGAAAAGAAACCAAUAAAAAGGGUUCAAAUGAAAAACAAAGGAGAAAAAGAAGAGCAUAUGAAUCUAACCUCAUCUGUGGUGGCCUGCAGUUAGAAGCGACAAGAUCGAUUUUGGAUGAUAAGCUUGUAUUUGUAAAAGUACAUGCCCCAUGGGAAGUGUUAUGUACGUAUGCUGAGAUAAUGCACAUCAAAUUGCCUCUGAAACCCAAUGAUCUGAAAACGCGGACCUCAGCCUUUGGUAAUUUCAGCUGGUUUACCAAAGUCCUCCAAGUGGAUGAAAGUAUCAUCAAACCAGAGCAAGAGUUUUUCACUGCCCCAUUUGAGAAGAACCGGAUGAAUGAUUUUUAUAUUCAAGAUAGAGAUACUUUCUUCAAUCCAGCCACCAGAAGCCGCAUUGUUUACUUCAUCCUCUGUCGGAUCAAGUAUCAAGUAAGAGACAAUGUUAAAAAGUUUGGGAUUAACAAACUUGUCAGCUCUGGGAUCUACAAAGCCGCUUUCCCUCUCCAUGAUUGCAACUUCAGCCAUAAGUCAGAAGAUCUCAGCUGCCCGAACGAACGGUACCUUCUGUACAGGGAGUGGGCUCAUCCUCGAAGUAUAUACAAAAAGCAGCCCUUGGAUCUUAUCAGGAAAUAUUAUGGAGAAAAGAUUGGAAUCUACUUUGCAUGGCUGGGAUAUUACACUCAGAUGCUCCUCCUGGCAGCGGUAGUGGGAGUGGCUUGCUUUCUCUAUGGAUAUGUUAAUCAGAACAACUGUACAUGGAGCAAAGAAGUUUGUCAUCCUGAUAUUGGUGGCAAGAUCAUCAUGUGUCCUCAGUGUGAUAGGCUUUGUCCAUUCUGGAAACUCAAUAUUACUUGCGAGUCCUCAAAGGUAAUUUUUGUUAUUCCAAACAUUUGUAACUAAUGAAAGAUUUUUUUUUCUUGUAAUAAUUUUAGCAUGGUCUGGAAUUAUUUUAUUUCUCUGUGAAAUUCAGAAAGGUAAUAUUCAACUAAACCUCCAAACAUUCUGAAAGGUAGAUAUGUAAUGCAUGUGUUUAUUCCUCUUUUACAAAUAGUAAAUUGAGAUUAAGAGCCUUAUCUAAAAUCUUCCGGCAGGUCAGUGAGGAGCUGUGGCAUUGAAACUGUUAGAGUAUUUGAAGUAAUCAAAGCAGAAACCUCAAACCCACCUUAUCUCAUGAGUACUGUUUAAUAGGUUUACUUAUUGUAAGUAUCUUCCUUAAUUCAAAUAAGUAGAAACCUGAAAUUUAUACUAGCGUUUUCCCACUUUCAAAAUGUACUGAAACUAGCUUGUUUUUUUCUUUUGUUUUUUUUUUAAACCUGCUUAUCAGAUUUAGGCCUUAUCUAUUAAUAUGCAUAAGAAAGGCUUUGUAUAUAAAUGAGAACAGAUAUUCACUUUGUCCCAAAACCUUCCCACAAAACACAAAUGGUUCCCUUAAGCAUGCAGAUGAUCUUGAGCUAUAGGACUUCUUAAAAUCCUAGAAGCUUAGGACAAGUAUUGAGACUGGAGGUAGCUUAAGGAAAGGCAUGCCUGAAACUCUAGCUGGGAAGAAAGAUGGUCAUCUUGCUUUGGAGAAUUUUCCUGACAACUUUGACCUCCUGUUCUCCCAUGUUGUGAUCUUUUCUCUAUCCCCUCCUUCCACCAUGAAAGUUUAGGAAUCUUUAAAUGAUGUUAAAAUAUUCUGACCUACUCCAUCUAAGUCUUAUUGUAACUAAAUAUGUUCCUAUUAUAAUGUCACUUUAAAUUUUAUAUUUGACAAAAUUCUUGAACUUAUAUGAUCACUUUUUUUAUGUUAUCACUUUUGACACAGUAACCCUGUGAGAUAGGCAGAACAGUUAUUACAUCCAUUUUACAGAUUAAAACACUGAGGAUCUGAGAGAUUAAAUGAUUUGCUCAAGUUACCUACCUAGCAGAUGACAGCCAGAAAUUGACAGCAAAUCUGCGUUUCUUGCCAUUACUGUGUUCUUCACCAGCUGACGGUAGUACCAACCACUUCACUCACAAAUUGAGCGCUGUGUUUGAAAAAAAUGUUCUGCUACUUAAUUAAGAUGAUUGCAGGGUAUUGUCGACACAUGAAUUUUUACACUUAACUUAUGAAUUAAAAUAGAUUUCAGUGCCUUUCCCCUAGAAACCAAUGCAAGUCUAGACUAUAAAAAUCUGCCCUAGAUCACACAAAGUAAGACUUAAAGGUAGCAGGAGGGAAGCUGCCUUCUGGCGAUGUUGACUCAUAAAGGUCACUAGUUAGUGCAUAUCCUUGGACACUGGAUUUAAGGCAAAUGCCAGUGAUAAUACCAGAAGCUAACUAUACUCCACAGAGUACAAUUGGAAAUUCCAUUUUCCUUAAGAAAUUCUCUUUCACUCACCACACCCCCAUCUCUUCUCUCAGUUCUUCUUUUCCACCAACCCAUCCUUAAUUAAGGACAUGACUUUCAAAUCUGUCCCUGUGCACAGUUUUUUCCAUUGUUUUGGAAAAAAUGAAUCUUUCAUUCUAUCCCAAUUUCCUGAAGAAUCCUUUGAGUCUUGUUAGAGUGACUUACAAA